UGUUCACGAAAAUCAUUUGUAUGACAAAAAUGCACCGGCUAGCAUAAUGUCGGUUCACUGUACAAUAUUGUGAAUUCGCGAAAAAAUCCUUUAAAUAGCAAUAAUAAUUUUUCCGCAAUUCACCCGCAGCAACCACAGUUUGUGUUAACCUCAGUUAACCUCAAAGCCUCAAAGUAAACUUACAGUAAUAUUGUACGCACAAAUACAAAUAAGACAGGUAAUAGGUAUUAGGUUGAAAUUUCUGUUCCAGGUGUGAUUUGCUAGUACAUAUUUGAAAUAAUGUUAUGAUAAAUCAUGGAUGGUGAAAUUUUUUGUGUUAAUACAUUUUUCGAGGUUAUAUUAAGUGAUGCAAGGGCAGCGGCUGAAGCGUUAUCUGGAGCUGAUCAGUAUAGGCUAAAUACAUUACACUGUAAUUUGGAAGAACAUUGUCAAAUGUUAAAUAUUAUUAUUUUAAAUAAUACAAAUGAAAAUUUAAAUGAGCGUCUGGGAUCUUUGUAUGAUAAGUUGUAUCUACUGCACAUAGACAUGGAUAAUAAACUCGAAGAAAACUCGACUGUAGAACAAACGCUGGGUUAUGCGUGUCCUAUUCGUGGAGGACGUCGAGGACGACCAAGAUAUUGUAUUUAUGAGCAGCAGCUCAAAUUUUUAAGAAGAAAUUCUUAUAGCUGGACACAAAUCGCACAGUUACUUAAUGUCUCGACAAGAACGCUUUUAAGACAUCGUAAUGCCUUGAACUUUUGUGAACCAAAUAGAUUUGUAAAUGAUGUAGAACUGGAAAAUGUAAUUCGUGAAAUUUUAUCAACAACACCAAAUAUUGGUGAAACAUACGUUAUUGGAGGGAUAAAAUCUAGAGGUUUAACUGUUUCCAGAUGGAGAAUUAGAGAACAGUUGAAUAUUAUAGAUCCAAUAGGAAGAUUAUCAAGAAAACGGUCAGCCAUUGUAAGACGGGUUUAUAAUGUUAAAGGAGCAAAUUAUUUAUGGCAUAUUGACUCAAAUCAUAAAUUGAUUGCAUUUCGACUAGUGCUACAUGGUUGUAUUGAUGGGUAUAGUAGGUGCAUCAUAUAUUUACAGUGUUUAACAAACAAUAAAGCAAAGAGUGUUUUGAAUUUAUUUGAAAAUGGUGUGCAAAAGUAUGGAUUGCCUAGUAGAUGUCGUGGUGAUCAUGGAACAGAAAAUGUUUUAGUGGCACAGUAUAUGCUUGCACACCGAGGCCUAAAUAGAGGCAGCUUUAUUACUGGACGUUCAGUUCAUAAUCAAAGAAUUGAAAGACUUUGGGCAGAGGUAAAUAGGACUGUAAGCAAGCAGUUUAAAGAGCUAUUCAUCACAAUGGAACAAAAUGAUGUUUUGGAUGAAUUAAAUGAGUUAGAUUUAUUUGCCUUACAUUAUAUUUUCAUUCCUUGUAUACAAAAAUCUCUAGAUGAAUUUGUUAAUCAGUGGAAUAAUCACUCUUUAUGUACCAUGCAGAACAGGUCACCAAUGCAACUUUGGCAAACAAGUAUGAUACAAAAUCAAUUUGAAGACAUACAUGAGGAUCACUUUUAUAAUGAGAAUCCUACUGAAUAUGGCAUUGAUGAAGAAGGUCCACUGCCAGAAUUGAUAACUGAUAACAAUAUUGUGGUACCAGAAUUUCAAGACAAUAACUGGUUAACUCUACAAGAAAUUAUCAACAUUGUUCCUGAUCCUUUGGCAGAAGAUGGCAACUGUGGUGUUGCAUUUUAUUUGACAAUGCGUGAUUAUUUAAAAUCGUUACAGUGAAAUAAAAAUUUUA